AGACAGUGCGAACCCAGCAGAAAGCACUAAGAGCCAGGACUCCUGAAUUCUUUGAGCUCUGCACUGAUUCACUGCAAGACCUUACGCCCAUUACUUCACCUCGCUGUACCUCAUUAGUCCAUCUAUAUACCUCCCUUCUGGGCACUGAGGCCUUGCUACACUGGUGCUUUGCAGCACUGCAACUUCUCGCUCAGGGUGUGAAAAACACCCCCCGAGCGCAGCAAGUUACAGCGCUGUAAAGCGCCAGUGUGAACAGUGCCCCAGCACCGGGAGCGCCGUCCCAGCGCUGUAAACUAAUCCCCUCGGGGAGGCUGAGUACCUGCAGCGCUGAGAGAGCUCUCUCUCAGCACUGGUGCCAUGACCACACUCACACUUCAAAGCUUUGGAGUUUCAAGCGUAGCCAAGCCCCUAGAGAAUGAGCUAGUUAAUAGAAACAAGGAGUCCUUGUAGCACCUCAGAGACUAACAAUUUAUUUGGGCAUAUGCUUUCAUGGGCUAUAAAGUGCUUUGAAAAAAAUCAACCUACUAAUAAUAACACCUGUUUCCAUGCAGGGAAAGGUCAUGCUUGACUUUGGGGGCAGCAGCAAUAUCUUCUGUAGUUUAAGGGGUUGGGAUAGCAUCUCCUGCAGAACAAAAAAGGAGGCAAGAAAUUUGUAUUAGGGCAUUAUCACAACAGCUGCCUCAAGCUGGAUUCCUUUGAUGUGGGGUAAGUACAUUUUGGCACAGCUCUACGACUACAGCUUAUAAGAAAUGCAAAAGAGAAACAGAACUCCCCCAACAUCAGAUGUGACUGUUUCUUCCACAACACUGUUAGCUCGGUCAGGUUCAAACUCUCCUCUCCGCUGAUAGCAAUGCUCCUAAUUAUGCUCCUACACAGUUCCUUGCCCUGCUUGCAUAUCUGCUAUUGUUCCUGAGACUGUGAGACCUCAUCUGUAGCAAGAAGAUAUUUUUCCCACCUGUCAUAAAAGAUUCACCAUCAUUUACAACAGACAGACCUCUGACCAGAAACAGGAGCUCUGGUGCAGCACGCAAGAGUUUACAAACACAUCAGAAGAGCUGGUGCUGCUGGAUAUUAGUUGUGGCACUGGAGCCAACUUCCAGUUCUAUCUGUUGGGAUGCCAAGUUAUCUACACAGAAGGCAACUUUGAGAAGUUUCUUUUCAGGAAAAUUGCAGAGAAUCAGUACCUCCACAUUGAGAAUUUUGUGGUAGCCCAAGUUCUCUGCUGAAUCCUGGUGCAGUACUUGAUGCAAAGUAUAGAGAAGGGGUGGAAUCCACAAAGGAACUUAGGUGCCUAAACCUAGGAUUUAGGCACCUAAGUCCCAGUUUUGGCUGCACUGUGAGCCACAAAACUCUUGCCAAAACCUGUGAAGGCCUGGCUUAACAUGAGUCAUUAAACACGGGGGAGGCCUUAUUUCUUGGAAGACAGGAUUAGGAAGGUAACUAGAUCAGCAGGCUGAAAACAAAACAUUUGUGCUAAGAUAAGUAAAUAGUCACUGAGCUAAAAGACAGAAUGUCUGAGCUAGCUUAAAAUAAGAGGGGGAAUACCCAGAGAAUCAUUUACUAAAAACAAGCUAACAAUGGAUAAGAGAAGACUGGAACACAAGAUGCGGUGAAGAGUAAGUUGGGCAUGGACAGAACAUGCUGUAGAAGAGGGAUUGGUUCCUACAAAAUGACCAAGCCAACCCCCAAAAUGUGAUGCACUGUAUUGUGUGAAUGUAUAUAAAGGAAGUGGUUUGCUGUGUAACUUUGAAUAUGUGGUAUGCCCAUACCCACCUCCUACGUUUGAGCUUGAUUAACUCCACAUAGCUUUGCUGUAUGCCAGAUAAAAGCACCUGAGUAUUGAGACUGAAGUCAAACAGAGUUCUCUGGGAACCAAGUGGAAAUAGGUCUCAGGGGAACCUCAACAAUCUGUAGGUGCUUAAGUUCAUGCAGCACCUAAGCUUUCCGAGUAAAAGUUCCCAAGCCGCCUAAGUUUCUGCUUCAGUGUAAGCAUCAGGACAUUAUUUCCCACCUAACCCCCAGAAUGAUCUACACACUAGGUGUAAAACAGGAAUUCAGCCAUAUAAAUCACGUUCAGGGCUCAAACUGGUAGGCAUGCUCAGAAACCACCUACCAGAUCAGGUCCCAUUCAGAAGGAGCCAGACACCUUAUACGUUUUAAGUGAAUGGUUAGCACAAUUGCAUGGGAGUGAUGUGGGCGAACCAGGUUUAAUUCCCCUCUCUGCCAAAAUAGACAAGGAUUGAAUAGGAGUCUCCCACCUCUCAGGAGAGUUCUCUAACCAACGAGCUAUAGCAUAGUCUGACAUAGGGCUCCCUCAGUCUCUCCUGUUGAAGCUGUUCCCCUGUGGCUAAAUAACAAAGAGUAGUUGGAGCAUGGGACUGGACCCAAGGUCUCCCACCUUCUAGACAAACCCUUAGCCACAACACUGAAGAUGAGACAGGGCUGCUUUAAGAGAGAGGGUGGAAACUGCCAUCUGAAACUUGGUAAACAUUACGCUUUAGGGAUUUGCAGCAUGUCGCAAGUUCCACACUGCAGGAUCCAGCCUAUAUCAGUUCACCACGUAACCACCCAGCUUCAAGACUGUGCCAGUUGUUUCUAACCGAGCAGUAGGUCUUUUUUGCUCAAGUUUCAGCCAGGACCUUUACACUGGAUUUUGAAAUUGGCUGUAGAAGCCGCCUACUAGAUUAGUACAAAGAGCAGAAAAUAAUCCCAAAAGUGAACAGAGCUGCUUCAUAGACUCUGCAUUCUGCAUAAACUUCAGGGGCCCUUAUUUUUACAUAAAGAGGCUCUUCUCAGGGCAGGUCCUACUUAGAAGUGGGAAUGGCAAAGGCAGUGGUCCUGUUUCUCCGCGUUUGCGUGCAGCUGCUUGCCCUGCCUAUAUACUUGCUAUCAUUCCUGGGCAUAUGGGACCCAUUCUGUAAGAACAUAUUCUUUCCCUUCGUAAUGGAGAAGAUAACUGUGAGUUACAACCGGAGGGCGUCAGGGCACAAACAAGAGCUGUUCUGCAACCUGCAGGAGUUUGCAGGCUCCUCGGGGGAACUGACUUUGCUGGAAAUUGGGACUGGCACUGGCGCCAACUUCCAAUUCUACCCACCUGGCUGCAAAAUUACCUGCACUGACACAACACUCAACUUCCAGGAUGGCCUCGCCAAGAGCAUGGCACAGAACCAGCACCUUCAGUUUCAGUCCUUCCUGGUGACCCCAGGGGAGGACUUGAACCAAGUGGCCGACAGCUCUAUGGAUGCAGUGGUUUGCACCUUGGUCCUGUGCUCAGUGCAAAGCAUAGAGGGUGUCUUGAAAGAAGUUUUGAGAGUACUCAGAACUGGUGGGGCAUUUUAUUUCUUAGAACAUGUAGCUGCAGAUCCUUCAAGCUGGAGCUAUUUUUGGCAGCAAGUCUACUAUCCAACCUGGAAACUUGUGUUUGAUGGAUGUCACCUCACAAGAGAGACCUGGAAAAACCUUGAACAGGCCAAGUUUUCAGAAAUAAAGUUACGGCACAUACAAGUCCCAUUAUACUGGACUCCAGUUCAGUCUCAUAUCAUCGGAUAUGCUAUAAAAUAAUUUUCACUGUGCUGCGACGUAUGCACUUUUUAAUGGUUUGCUUCUUUACAAAUCAUCUACAGUAACUCCUCACUUAAUGCUGUGUUGUUCGUUGCUGAUCAAUUAGAGAACAUGCUCAUUUAAAGUUGCACAAUGUGCCCUUAUAAGUUGUUUGGCAGUCACCUGCUUUGUUCACUGCUUGCAGAAAAGCAGCCUGUUGGAGCUACCUGGUGGGGGCUUGAAACCAGGGUGGACUGACAGCUCCCCAUCAGCUUCCCUAAGUACCCUGUGCAGCAGUUGCCCAGCAGGCUAUCAAUUGCCAGGCAGUUCAGCUGUCCCUCCCCAUACUGCCCUGUGCUGCUCCUG